CGAGGCACAAAAUGCUUUUUAUUCAGUGAGGAGCUCAUUGAGCGGCAGGCAGCCAGUCAGAGAGGACUUCAGCCUCCGAGUCUCCAAACACACUCUAACUUCUCCUCUCUGGACUUUAUUAUCCUCCUCCUGCGGACUCCACCGGGCUUCUCUCUCUUUUCUCUCAGGCUGUGGCGUUUUCCUGGUGAUGACCUCACUGCUGUUUCCUGGCAACGCCCACGCUGCGAUGAAGGACCUCUCCUCCUCCUCCUCUCCUCUCAGCUCCCUGCUCCACUACCCGUCCUCCAAAACCUCCGUCGUGCCGUUCACCCCGUCCGCCGGCCCCGCCUCCUCGCCGGGAUCGCCGCUGACAUCGUCGGCGCCGCUCUCCAAACCUCAGCCCUUCUGCCUCCAGACGGGGCCGCACCUCAUCGCCAGCAUGCAGCUGCAGAAGCUCAACUCGCACUACCAGAACCUCGCCGGCGCCUCCGCCGGACACCCGGCACCCGGCGCUGCACAACGGGGCUUCGGGGCCUCGCCCCUGGGCACGGAUCGGAACCAGCUCCUGGGGCCGUCCGGAGGACUCGCAGGAGCCGGUCUGGGCGUCGGGAUCUCCAUGGCGAACCAAAGCUCCGGCGCCGGUGGAAUUAUCGACUUUGACCCCGUGGACGAGGAGGUCCUCAUGUCGCUGGUGGUGGAGCUGGGACUGGACCGAGCCAACGAGCUGCCCGAGCUCUGGCUGGGUCAGAACGAGUUCGACUUCAUGUCAGACGUCCCGGCAGGAUGCUGACCGACAAAACUAUUGAGGAGCACCAGAGUUGAUUGACAAAGAGAGGGAAGACUUUCUUUCUCUCCUCUGUUUCGUUGUACUCUUUCCUCCUUUUCUUGGUUGGUAAAAAGAGGAAACCGGAGAGACGCUGGAGAGAUUAGAGGCGUAUUCUUGUUUCAUACAAAGACGGAUAAAAGACAAGUUUUCUUUCGAUCGAGCACGUUUUUUCGUUCGAUCAGUCCUUUUUAUUUCAUUUUUUUUCUGUUAAAGUGAAAAAAAAAAGUCAGAUCAUGGUGAAGCUGUGCUGAAAAAAUGGAUACCAACAUUUUUUUUUUGACGGAUAAAAGACAAGUUUUCUUUCCAUUUCCUUCGAUCAGUCCUUUUUAUUUCUUUUAAUUAAAAAAAAAAAAAAAUUCUGUUAAAGUGAAAAAAAAGUCAGAUCAUGGUGAAGUUGUGCUGAAAAAAUGGAUACCAACAUUUUUAAUUUAAUUUUUUUUUUGACGGAUAAAAGACAAGUUUUCUUUCGAUCAAGCAAGUUUUUUUUUCCGUUUCGUUCGAUCAGUCCUUUUUUAUUUCUUUUCUAGGAUAAAACUGGUGGUUGAACCUGUUGGGAUUAAUAAUACGUCUUUAGUUUUUUUGGCCUCAUCGAACUCUUGACUUUUACAGUGCAAACAGAAACAGGGACUCUUUCUGCUGGAGGUGAUUCAUUGACAGGUGUUUGGAGACGUUUCUCACUUUUAGGAAACAAGUCCGUCAAGAUGACGUUGACGCGCCUGUUGGACUUUCUCCGUGCAGACAACUUAAGGAAAAAUUGAAAUGGGAAACAUGACAUUAUGGGAGAUUUGUGAAGGAUGACAAACACCACAUUUCCUGUUUGUUUCCUAAUGGACGAUAUAAGACUCUGGUCUCACGGGAAAGAGACUCCUGUCUCUCGCCUUCACAAAGAAACUGAUUGUUUGAGAACUGGUUAUCUCAAUGUACUUUUUCUUUCUUUCUUUCCCUUUUUUUUUGUUUGAAUUAAGUUCAACCAUUCACAGAACAUGUUAUUUAAGACAGUGGCUGAUAUCCAUCUGGACUUCUGGACAAGGAGCGCUUCUGUAGCGCGUCUAUAAUCGGUUCUACUUUUCCGAACGUAAUGAAUUAGAUCAAGGGACGUGGAAUCUCUCGGAGCAUGGGACCUGAAUGGAGUAAAUUGUUUCUUGCUCUGGAGCGCAGCCUCAUUAAAACCAUCGAGGCCUUUUUUGGUCAUGCAAGUCGCCGCUACAUGUACAUGUUUGGUUUUCUGGCCUGCAGUGUAGGAAACGUUGACCCAGGUGGCCUCUGUGAUCAUGGAUAGCACUUCCUCCCACAUGGAGGACACAAGGUCUUGUCAACCAAAUGGCAAGAACAGAUAAAUUCAUGCGGCCGGUCUGUUUAACCGUCGUUGUUUGUGUCAAAACAGUUUGUUCAGCCCCCACAGACCUUAUUAUCACCACACUUCCAUGUCCCUGAUAAGGAAGCAUUGUCUGUUUUGUCAUCAUUAGGCCUGGAGGCGGCUGUUUGCACACUUUACUGUGCAGCCUUUGACCUGAACACACACUGUGGUUUGGUUUCAGCGGUGCAGGCUUGGCAUGAUUAGAGUUAGACCAAUGCAAACCAAACCUCAAAGAUGCUACUGCGUUAAUAAUCAUAAAAAAGUCAGCAUAAUUUAACUACUAGCUGCUUUUGUUCUUACUGCUUUACUGUGUUUUGAAGGCAAAGACAAUAUGGAGACCAUAUUUUAAUCUUGGUAGCCGUCUGGCAGCAUUGGAGGUCCUUAUGUUGUUGGGCUUCAGUUGAAUUUUGUUGUUAUUUGUUGGUUUAACAAAUAAUUAACUUUUUCAACUUACAAAAAAACAGAAGACAUUGUGGUUUUGGUUUAAGCACUUGCUAGCUAACUAAUAUCUGCUAAAUAUUUGAUUUUUAGGUAUGUUAGCAUUAGCUUUAUAUAUAUUUAUUUGCGUAACUGUCGAAAUCUUUACACAAAAAAAUCGCAAAUGAAAAUGAUUUGACAGUAAAAUAUUAUGUUUCCCCUUUGUUAAUAUAGUAGCUCAUUAAAACAAAACCAACUCAAGCUCCACUUACAGGUUUUUCCAGCGCUUUCAGUCGUAUCACACACAUUAACUUCUAAGCUAACGUGGACAAGAAGUCCUAAAAGUUUUACAGCAUAAGAGCUACUUAUUUGUUAAACUUCUACUCACGAGAUUAAACAAUAUAUUGUUGUUUUGGUUUAACCACUUGCUACCUUGCUAACAAUCUCUAUCUGCUAAGCAUUUGACUUUGGUGGCUACUUGUAGAAAUUAGCAUGAGCAUUUGCUGUAUAUUUAUUAUGUUGAAAUCCUACAUCCUGCAUGUGAAAUAUCAAGUUUUAUCACUUUAAAAUAGUAGUGGGGAGAAUAAAAAAAACAUUGUUCUUUCAUUGCAUUAGCUAACAGUAGUAGCCCUUUUAGGACAAUCUGAUAUGACUAGUAAAUGGACCUUAAAUUGGGAUUAUUUUGUAAAAAAAAUCCUUAAUUAACCAACCCAAAAAUCUAACUAAUAUCUUAGCAGUGUUUCUGUUGCCUGGCUGUUGCAAACCACUGUCAUAUAUUUCUUUUGUUGCCUGAUAUUGGACCUCCAUGUUGCUGCCAAAUGCUGCUGCAAUUAAAUUCAUAGAGUCCAUCUACCAGGUGUCGUUUCUUGUUGCUGCAGACUUUAGUGGUUGAAUAAAUCCCCAGGGGUUAAACCGUCACCCACCCCUCCACCCUAACCCACCUAUAGGAGCUUUACUGCUGUUUUUCCUGCUGCAGAUGGAUGCAAGUCAGCAUGGGGCCUUAACCUAAAUCUGUAGUGGUAAGAGGAGACAAGGCUGGAACUGUGCGGCGGCAACAAAGGCCUUUCACCUCAACCUGGCGUGUCUGUCAUCUGGGCAUUGUGGGUCUCCUCUUGGACCACACACACAUGAAAUAACACACCUGUACGUGCAUGCACACACCUUUUAUAGAACCUUGCACGCAUGCUGAAACCAAACUAUGUGCGGGCGUACAAAGGCACCGAAAUAAACCCACCACACACACACACAUAGGAGCUGAACGGGGAUGGUAUUACAGCAGGGAAAUGGGAGUAGCAGCCAUGAAACAGGCACUUGUUCAGUUACACACAGACUUCACAGGGUAUUGAGGUUGUUGGUGUGUGUGUGUGUGUGUGGGGAAAGAGAUAGUGAUGUUAGACCAGACCUGGGCAUUGGGCGGCCCUUGGGCCACAUCCGGCCCGUUGGCUGCCCUUGUCCGGCCCAGAAAUUAGAAAUCAAUACAACCGCAGUGCUUUUAUUUUGAAGGUGGUUUACGUACCCACCUGCAAAGACUCGACUCUUUAACUGAUAGUUCACAAGAUUUAUUUAAAAUCGUUGCUCCAUGAACAUAAAAAUAAGACAUUCCUUGGUCACCUUGUGAAUCCACCGUAAGAGAUAACGAACAUUAGCAUUAGCACUUGAGCUAACAAGCAGUUUUACUAUAGUUAAGACAAAAAAUACAGCCGCUAAUAUAUGACAGAAAAAAAUAAACUUUAACAAACCUUGUUCCUGUCAGCCAGCCGCUGUAGAAGCCUUUUAGAUACUUUAUAUCAACUUUAUAUGAAUUGCGACGCACUCGUUAUUAUUUACCGUUCAUUUUUAUUUUUUUUACCGUUCUACCGGUUAUAUCCUUUCACUACCUUUCAAAAUAAAAGCAUCCGUUUCACACUGGACGGCGCCUUUUCAAAAUAAAAGCAUCACAACAUUGUGAAACACCUAGAAAAUUUACAAACAUGAAAAAACAAGCUAUAUAAUACAAAAACACCAAUAGGAACCUUGCUAAAUGUCAUUUACAGUUGUGUUUAAAAUAAAUGUUAAAGUGAUAUAGUGAUCGGAGUAUUUACUACUUUUUACUAGUUUAUAUUUGAUUUACUCCACAUUAACAGUCUUAUCAUAACAAGUAUUCUUAUCAGUAGCAGGUCAAAGCCAGAUAAUUUACUGUAUUUUAUAAAGCGAUUAAAUUAAUAUUAAGCAGAAUUUAGUUCCGAGUUUUGGUCCGGCCCCUGCAACCUUCGUAGAAUUGGUCAUGUGGCCCCUUGGGAACAUUAAUUGCCCACCCCUGUGUUGGACUGUAUGCAAGUCUGAAAACGCAAGUUGUGUGUGAGAGGAAACUGUGAGCAGCAAGUAAUCCGUCCACAUAAAGACCACUGACUGAGGGGAAAAAAACACGCCGGGCCUUGUUAAUUUAUUUAGAUACAGACAGGUCAGCUUACACACUUGUUCCCUAACAAGUCGGCUAUUUUCCCUACACACACACACACACAUGCUGCCUAAUACCAGUUUUUGACGCUGAUUAUGGUCUCGGUUACAGUCGCCGAACUUCCUCUUCUUUCUUUAAUGAAACGUGAGAAGCUGUGAUUAAUGAAAAGCCGACGAAGGAAUAAUUUGACAGAAUCCCUUCUUUAAAAGGGGAUUUGCGGGAGAUUUUCCUUCGUAACAAUCGCUUUAUUGAAAGAAAUAAAGACGCAGCUUUUCAUCACCUCCAAAUCCAAAAGACAGACUGAGUGCUGAUUCUUCUCUUCCUCUGUCUCGUCGCCUGACUGGGUCAAAGAAACAAACCCAAGACUGUCUUGUGUUUGUUUCCAUCUACUAGACAUUGUUUUAAAGUCCUUUUUUUUCUCUGUGUGUUGUUUUGUGGUCCAGCCUUGAUCCCAGCUGAGUGAAUGUUGUUUUUUGGCUGUGUGAAGCAGAGAGACGCCCCCCUCCUCUUCUCCUGCUCCCCUGAGAAGUCGCCUGGUCGAAACGUUUGAAUCGUCUUAGGGCUUUCAUUUCCUCUUCCCCUUGACGCCCAAUAUUGCAGAUUAACCCCGACCGGGAGAGACCUUUUGAACCUAAAUAUACCUCACAGCUAUCUGGUGUCUAAUGACACUUAACCCCAUGCAAAAUAUUCAUCAUUUUGCUCUCAAUUUGCUUGGAAUGUGUCAUUUAGCCACUACAACUGCAAAGUUAUCACAGUAAACUAUUUAAAACUGGGUAUUUCUCCAACAGACAACCCAAACAUGAUCUUAGAGUCUGUCUUUUUGCAUGAGAAGCCCAAACUACAAAGCAUAAUAGAGAUCAUGAACCAGAAGUUCAAAAGUUAAAUUGGUUGGAUUUAUUGCAGGACUUUUGUUUGUACCUAAUAAACUGGCAUGUAAAUGUUUCUUUAGUUGCUGUCCUGUCAAGAGUUAGCAAGCUGGAAGAACAUAUCAAUAACACUGUCAUGUUUGGAUUGUAAUUAAACUACAGCUAGUGGCUAGUUAGCUAGUCUAGCUUGGUGCCGUCACUACCAGAUUCAUAAUGAAAGCCCCAAUUUGUCACUCCGGUUUCACUCCUAACUCGCAAACAAGCUCCCAUUACUGUGUGUAUGACUUGCACAGGGCUUUCCAAUUGACUAUAAUGUAAUAUUAGAUGCUUAGAGUCAAUUACAUAAUCCAAAAAGCGUGAUGGUUUGCUCAGGGCAGGUGGCAGUGGAGGUGAAUGGGUCUUUGACCCAGAAGAUGCUUUCACAACUCAAGUCCCUUUGGUUAGUCCCAAGUCCCAGAGGGAAAUUGAUACUUUUGGUUGUUUUUUUUUUUUUAGUUUGGUUUGCUUUUGCAUAAGCGAACAAACAAACCAUAACAAGGAUUUAACCACCAGAUUUCGAUCAAAACAGACUAGACUUUGGGUUGUGAAAGCGUUCUUGGUGUCCAGUGGGACGAACCGAGAAUCCGUGUUGUUAUUUGGAGUCAACCUGCAUAACUGUGUUCAUAGUUCAGUAGCAGUUUUUAAACCCAACCCUGUUCUUUUACCCUAACAAUAGUCAAGUGUUUUCAUUGCCUAAAGUUACCAUGAUCACAGAAGUUGCUUUUAAAAAGCCACUAUUCAUAAAACUAGCGGAAAGUGACAUAUACCGUCCCUGAUACAUCCAGAACCGAAGCAAAGGUUUUUGUUUCCGUUAAUAUCUCGCGCUGAGGGCCGGGGGAUCGGGUUAUGCAUCGUAAAAGAUUUACACAAAUUAAAAAAGCUUUCUUUGUGAGAUUGACACUUCUGGAGGUUGAGGUUCCUUCUUCUCCCUGAGCUCUGCGUCCAUGUAAACCUGGUGGAUUUACAGUUUCCACGUGACGGCAGUGAUUUGUUGCACACUGGGCCGUUGCCUCUGGGCCUCAGGGUCAUGAAAAAUGUUCCAGCACAUCAAGGCCUGUGAAAUCCUUCAACAUAAGCAGUGAUGUAUCUGUUAAAAGGUCGAUGUUACAAGGUUUCAGUGAGAAAUGUUCUGCAAGUCGACUCUGCACUGAUUCGUCCCUUUUUUCUUCCGUCAUAUUUACUUUUAAAACCUGUAAAGUCUUAUUUUGUUGUUUGGUUUUCAGUUUCUUUCCUCGUUUUUUUUCUUCUUUUUUUUUCUAAUGAUGAAAUGAAUAUUAUUCAAAGAUGAUUUUUAAGCACUUUUUGCUCACCGGCUCUCACUUGUACAUCUAUAUGAAUAUGUAAAUGACUGAGAUCAUAUUAAAAAAAUGCUUGUA